AAGAACAUAUGUCAAGCUUCACAAACCAAAUCUAGAAAUAAUAAAAGAAAGAGAAAUAAUAUGCUCGAAAAGUUUUGGGAUGAUGUUGUGGCUGGACCUCAUCCAGAUCGUGGCCUUGGACGAUUAAGGCGAAUCGCCACUGGCAUCACAGGUAACAAUGUGCUCCAAAACAUGCACGUGUACACACACAUACAAAAGUAUCCAUGCCAUUUGAUCAUUUGGGGUCUAGAUGCGGAAGGAGGAAGAAAGUAUCAAAGAUCGUUGUCGAUGCCAACAAGCCCUGAAACGCCAUCGUCUCCAGCAUCACCCCGUGCAGCUGACAAUGUGUGGAGGAGUGUGUUUAAUCCUGGUAGCAAUCUGGCUACCAAGACCAUCGGCUCCAAUGUCUUUGAUAAACCUCAACCUAAUUCCCCCAGCGUUUAUGACUGGCUUUAUAGUGAAGGCACCAAGAGCGAACACCGUUGAUGCUCCACCGACAGAGGGCAGGAUGUAAAUAUGUGUCAUGGCUUAUGUGUUUUGCCAUGUGUCAAGCCAAAAUUUUGUAUCUUUUUAUAAUAAAUAAUAAUAAUCUUAGUAUUACACCCUUAAAUAAUAGCAACCUUUGCUAAUGAGUUGCUCCUUCUUUUGUAAGUUUUUGACUUUGCCCUGUGUUAAACCAUGCACGGUGUGGCAUUCCUUAAUAAUAACAAAAUUUAAGCAUUUUAAUUCAUCAA